AUGUCUAAGAUCUCUGAAGCUAGCUUAAAGAAACCAGAUUACGACACCAAAUUUGCAGGCCUAGAGUGCAUUUCCCUUUCAUGUACUGGAUCGAGUGAUGACAAUUACAGAGUUAAAAGGGCAUUCCAAACCCUGUUGAUCUAUGUCAGAAACGUCGCAAAGAGUCCUGAUGAGGAAAAGUUCAGGAAGAUCCGACUUGGUAACCCAAAGUUCCAGGAAAGGGCUGGGAACUUGAAAGGAGAGAUUGAGUUUCUCGAGCUUUGCGGAUUGGAGAGAGGUGAAGAGAAAAAGUUCUUGGUUUUUCCUCGUGAUAAAGUUUAUAUACGGCUGCUUAACUAUGCUGGUUCUUUGUUAAAUUCUGCAAUGACAAAUCCCUUCUUCGGUCUUCUCGAAAAGGUGAAAGAAGAUUAG